AUGGGGCGCGCCAGCGGCGGCGGCGGCCCCGCCCAGAGAACAAGCGCUACCAAUGGGCGCGCGGAGGCGGGACUUCCGCUGUCCCGCGGAGGGCGGGGGGAGCGAACUGUUGUGGUGCGGAGCGUUGGGCGGGCGGCGGGCGGCGGCCGGACGGCCCAGGGGCUGCCGCGGGACUCGGGGCGCAGCCGAGCGGCUGCAGGGCGGUUCUGGGCCCCCGGCCGAAGGCGCCUCCGGGUGACCCCCGGCGGGGCCCUGCGAGCCGCAAGAGCCGACCCCGGGGCCUCGAGCGGGGAGGCAGGGGCUUUCCGGAGACGCGGGGCCCGGGGCCGAAGGAGCCGGAGCGCGGCGGAGCGGAGCCGGGCCUCCCGGGCGCGGGGCAGGGCAGCGCUUCGGCUGGAGACGGACUCGGGGACCCUCAGGUGCGGGGGCCUCAGCGAGCUGCCCCCGGGGGCGCGCGGCCGCGGACCCCCCGCCGCCCCCGCCGCCGCCCCGGGCUACGGCCAGAGCUGCUGCCUCAUCGAGGACGGCGAGCGUUGCGUCCGGCCCGCGGGCAACGCCUCCUUCAGCAAGCGAGUCCAGAAGAGCAUCUCGCAGAAGAAACUCAAGCUGGACAUCGACAAGAGCGUAAGGCACCUGUAUAUCUGCGAUUUCCACAAAAAUUUCAUCCAGAGUGUACGAAAUAAAAGGAAGAGGAAGACGAGUGACGAUGGUGGAGAUUCUCCUGAGCACGACGCUGACAUUCCUGAGGUUGAUCUGUUCCAGCUGCAGGUGAACACUCUACGACGUUAUAAACGACACUACAAAUUGCAGACCAGACCAGGCUUCAAUAAGGCCCAGUUAGCAGAAACUGUCAGCCGACACUUCAGGAACAUACCUGUGAAUGAAAAAGAGACCCUGGCCUACUUUAUCUACAUGGUGAAGAGUAACAAGAGUAGACUGGACCAGAAAGCAGAGGGUGGCAAGCAGCUGGAGUGAGGGUGAAGCACAUCUUCAAGGAACGAAGUAUAAUGCUUAGUGCACAGGUGAUAUCUGCUCCAUUUAAGCCCAUAAAGACUGUUAAAUUUAUUGUAAAUAAAAAAGUUUGAAUGAUGAA